UAUUUUGUUGGGGAUCGUUGACGACAGUCUCGUGAAGAGCAGGGAAAAGUACAGCGGGUCGACCCUCGACUAACUGGGUGUCGGAGGAUUCGCUUACCAGAGCGUGCGUAAGCUCAAGUCACGCAACUGUGCCGCUGACCACCAAACUGCGAGUGUGUUUGGCAUCUUGGAAUUGCUCAUUCUUUUUUGCCAUGACUAUCCAGCCAUCUCCUCCAGAGCUGCUGCAAGACUCUGACGCGCAACUGUCGCAUCCACAACCACUAGCGGCUCCUCCUUCGCUGGGUGGGCUUCUAUUUCAAGGACCACCUAUCAUUGCGCACGGUGCGGCGACGAAUGCGCCUCCGGCUGGAGAGUAUGGAACUCCCCCGCCAACGACGGGAUAUGGCACGCCUCCUCCUCUCCUUCCCCCCGCCCCCACAGCUGACAGUAGUGCGCCUCCACGAACAGCAUAUUCUGCAUACCCAGAGCACUUGAGGAAUACUCCUCCGCCACAAGGUCACUAUCAAGCUGGCGUUGCCGGACUGAACGGUUGGAAUGAUCUCCCGACGCAUAUGGUUACGGGAAUUGCGGUGAGAAAAAAAGGACAAUCGGGAUCUGGUACCACUUCCGGAACAGCUAGUCCGGCGCCAGUGGCAUGUUUGGACGAUCCGAGCUCAGUCUUGAACGAUGUGGCAAAUCCCAAGGGUUUGAUUGUGGGCGCAUUUACUGCAGCUAUGGACAGAGUGAAAUCUGGUGUGGUAGAGGCGAGCCAGCGGCGGAUGAUCGAGGAUACGGAUAAGCGACUCGAAAAUCUCUACGAACGGCUCUCGGCGGAUCAGGUGCCUAAUCAUGUAUUGGCUUCAGCAGUGCAACUUGCAACAGCACUGAAUAGCAAGGACUACACUACGUGCCAUUCCAUUGUCAUGGCGUUGAUGACGACAAGUUUUGAUCAGGAAGGAAAGUGGGUAUUGGGUGCCAAACGACUGGUGGAAUUGUGUCAGCGAGUUGGGUAAAGGGGUUUGCUUGGUUGGGCAUAUUGAUAUUUUUGAAUGAAUGCGGCUCUCAAACCGAUGCAAGCAGCGAGUUGAAGUCUUAAAGACUUGCCAUGACUAGCCAGUCAAAUUAUGGGCCGUUCUUUAACGCAUCCAUGAAUGGUGGCGGCACCUGUUUUCUACACCUGCAGGGUCGAUUGUUCAUGGUAACCGAAGAUCGAAGGCAUUGAAAGGAAAGCUUAAUGCAUGGAAUACAAAGAUUUGCUGCCCAA